AUGAAGCCCGCGGGCGGCGGCGAUGAGGAGGACGUCCAGGUGCUGGUGGAGCGGCCGUCCUCCUUCUCCCACUCCCACUCCCACCAGCAGGGCGCCUCCUCCUUGCCUACCAGCACCAGCGCCGCCGCCAGCAGGCCCCCGCACCACCACCGCCACCGCCACCACCAGCAGCAGGUGAUCAGGGCGCGGCCCUACUACCGGCGCUGGUCGCCGUGGCUCGUGUCCGCCGCCACCGUGGCCUGCGUCGCCAUCUUCCUCGUCACCAUGUACGUCAACGACUGCCCCCGCCACAACUCCAACUGCGCCGCCGGCUUCCUCGGCCGCUUCGCCUUCCAGCCGCUCCGCGAGAACCCGCUCCUCGGUCCCUCCUCCGCCACGUUAGUGAAGAUGGGUGCCCUCGAUGUGCCUAAGGUUGUCCAUGGCCGCCAAGGAUGGCGUCUGAUCACCUGCAUUUGGCUCCACGCCGGAGUUGUUCAUCUGCUCAUCAACAUGCUCUGCCUCGUAAUCAUCGGCAUACGCCUCGAGCAAGAAUUCGGGUUUGUGAGGAUCGGUCUGGUCUACCUCAUCUCUGGCUUUGGCGGGAGCCUGAUGUCUGCUCUCUUCAUACAGUCCAAUGUCUCCGUUGGCGCCUCCGGUGCUCUGUUCGGGCUCAUUGGCUCCAUGCUCUCUGAACUCAUAACAAACUGGUCACUGUACGCAAACAAGGUGGCGGCGUUGCUAACGCUGGUGCUGGUGAUUGUGGUGAACCUGGCGCUGGGGCUCCUCCCCAGGGUGGACAACUUCGCCCACAUCGGCGGCCUCAUCUCGGGCUUCCUCCUCGGCUUCGUCUUCUUCAUCCGCCCGCAAUUCGCCUGGCUCACCCAGCAGAGAAGAGUAUCAGCAGCAGCACAACCUGACGGGCAACCAACGGCAGCAGCUGCUCAGCCGCCGGUCUCGGUGAAACGCAAGCACAAGACGUACCAGUACGUGCUGUGGCUGGCCGCCGCCGUGCUGCUCGUCGUCGGGUUCACGGUGGCCACCGUGCUGCUGUUCCGUGGGUACAACGCGAACGAGCACUGCCCGUGGUGCCACUACCUCAGCUGCGUGCCGACCAAGAGGUGGAGGUGCGACGCGUCGCCGACCACGUGCACGGCGAUGCAGCAGGAGAACACGCUCACCGUCGUCUGCGCGGGCGGCAGGAACCAGACGUACGUCGUCGCGUCGUCCGCCGACGCGUCGCAGGACAGGAUCAACGACCUCUGCAACCAGCUCUGCACCUAG